CUAACGAUUAUCACACUACACGUGAUUAUCGCCCGGGAAGUAGUUCCCGUCCCCGUCAGGACGUUCGUGCAGCUAUGCGGGCGAUGUUGUAGCUCGCUGCUGGCAGGUUGAUUAUUACAUACAUUUUGGAUGCCACAAGCGGGAGCAGUCGAGUGUAUGGCAAUUCCGAAGAACGUCUCCCCCUCAGGGGAGUGUUUUAAUAAAUGGACUUGAUGGGAUCGUCAAUCGGGCCAGCCAGUCGCAUCCUGGCAGUGAAAGUGGAUAGUGAUGGGAAACAAAGUGGUCACUUUUACCGAUCAACAGCUGGAGGACUAUCAGGAUUGUACGUUUUUUACGCGAAAGGAUAUUUUGCGAGUGCAUCAGCGGUUCCGCGAGACCAGUCCGGAGCUGGUGCCGCAGGUGAUGACCGAGGGUCAGGCUACUUCCAUUCAGGUGCCGCGCGAAAGGAUCGAAAGUUUACCCGAGCUGGUGGAGAAUCCGUUUAAGAAGCGGAUGUGCGAGGCGUUCUCCCAGGAUGGAGAUGGAAAUUUGACCUUUGAGGAUUUUCUGGAUUUACUGUCGGUGUUCAGCGAGCAGGCUCCGAGGGAUAUUAAGGUGUUUUACGCGUUUAAGAUUUACGACUAUGACCGGGAUGGAUUCAUCGGCCAGUCGGAUCUGCUGAAUGUUAUAACUGCCCUCACACGCAACGAGCUAACCGUCGAAGAGCACCAGCAAAUCGUGGAAAAAGUCAUCGAAGAGGCCGACGUCGACGGCGACGGAAAGCUGUCCUAUCUGGAGUUUGAGCACGUGAUAACACGGGCGCCCGAUUUUAUGUCCACGUUUCACAUUCGAAUUUAGACGAGGACCGUCGACCCUGAGCAGCUCCCCGGUUUUAAGUUGUAUGCAAGCUAUGGUGGUGCGACACGUUCGAAAUGGUAAGCGCAGACAACCACCCAGUUAUUCGAACUCGGUGCGAUGGGUGUGGAUUCUAUGCAGUGGAAAUGUGGAAGAUAUGUAAGUGGCAUACGAUGUCGAG